AUGCAUCUGACUUACCUUUACCACGAUGAUUACUUAUCGAACAUGACUUAUGGACCACGAUGUGAUAAAUGUUCAAAUCCAAUUUGUCCAGAAGAUGGUUCAAAUGAAACUGUACGAAUUAUUUCCAUGGGUAAAACAUUUCAUGUUCAAUGUUAUCAAUGUCAAGAUUGUUCAUUACAAUUGAAUGAUGAACUAGAUCGUCGUUGUUAUCCAUUAGGUGAUAUAUUACUUUGUCAAGCAUGCUGUCGUCGACGUCUUGCAUCUGUUAAUAACAAUUUAUAA